UAGGACACGGUGAAACGGCCCAUGGAGUGAAAACCUCGUGAAUAGCGCCAUCCUCCGGAACAUAUAAGCUUCAAACUCGGUUUAUUUUUCGUUUUCUAAUUUAUUUUGUUGACAAAAGCGAACAAAUUCUUAAAUAUAAACCUGUCAGUUAGUAGAUUUAACGUUUGUGCUCACAGAAGACAGCAGACAGUGACUGAAAUGGCGAAAAGAUCGUCUUUUUCUCCAAAUCAGAGUAUAAAUUUAAAAUUUCGGGAAGCCCCUAUUGACCUACUCACAGACAUUCUUGUUAAUCUCGACAAUAAAAACACGGAACACCUCAGCAAUUUAUCAAAAUGCACCGGAAACUUCAAAGAUAAAAGGGUCAUUGAGUACAUCUUCCUGAUAACUGAAGAACUGAGACUUGAUCCACUGGUUGGAUACCAUGCCGUUGAAUUACUUCAAAGGUUCAUGGUCAAGUACCUUACAGAUUUACACACCACACCCACACCUGAAGGUGCAGCCGCUGAUCAGCAAAGAAGUUUUGAGGAUGUUAUUUUUGGCAAGAUCAAGAAGAAAUUCCCAAUCAUCGUCUUCUCCUCCGUGCAACUCGCGAGCAAACUGUCUUUGCGCAGUCAUAAAAUCAGCAACAAUACUGCUGUGCGCUUUCUGCGUUUAGUCGGCUACAGUGUUUCCAAGCAGACUCUCUUGGAAUCAGAGCUGAUGAUCUUGAAAGGGCUUGAAUUCAGACUAAAUGUCCCAAACCCCCUGACAUACGUGGAAAUACUUCUGGAGGUGCUCGCACACAAUGAGCCAUCCAUCCCUGUGGAGCGCCUGUAUGGUUUGUGCACCCAUGUCCUUCAGUUUGUCAGCCUAGAGAGGACUGCCAUCUAUGACACCUUAUUAAAGAUCACCACUCAGUGUGUCAGCCCAUCCAGAGAACAGAGAGAGAAGUUUGUGACAGUGACUGAAGACUGCAUGCUUCUCGGUGUUGCUGUCAUCGCAGUGGCUACGUUCAUCUUCUAUGUCAGAAAAUGGGAACAGGUUGUGAGAGAACUGAGCCACAUCACAGGAAUCUCAAGGAAGAGCAUCAGUGAUUUCACUCAUGUUACACUGAUGCAUAUUGUCAGAUCCAGUUCCUCUGUAACAUCAGCAUGAGUCUUAACAACACUCACCCGCUGAACACUCCUUUACACUGUCACUGUUUAUGGUGGAGUUUGUAGAUGUUGGUGCAGAACAUGUGCUGUGCACCUAAGUGAGAUAUCUGGCAUAAGAAAAUGAACCUUAAUGGAAUUAAAUGUUGCUCAAAAAAUCAGUUAUAUUGUUAGUUAGAUAGUUAGUAGACAGUUAUAUUGUUGAAGUAGUCUGCUUGUUUGUGACUGACAUAUGUCCAGGUUAUUUUGAUUGUACACGCUGUAAAGCUAACCGUCGGUAUAGAUUAUUUUCAAAAUCUGUCACAGCCUUAUUAUAGCAAUAUGUGACACUUGAAAAUUGCAUUAAACAAUAACUUAACCUCAAUAUACUGUAUAUUUUCACCCACUGCUUACAUUUCCCACAUCAUAUUGAGCUUUUCAGCCCUCUGUGGGUUGAUGAUUUUCAUUUCCAUCAACGAUGUGGUAUCCUUUCCUUCCUAACACAUUACCCAGUCCAUAUCAGUAUAGAUAUCUGGCGUGAUUUUAUUUCCCAUUGAGAUCUGAUGUGUUUUCAAAGUGCUCCUUUAAUUUUUUUGAGCAGUGUAUUAGAUGCAUUGUGGUUUAUUGUAAUACAUUCUAAAUAUAAACAUAUGUAUAUAUAUACAUAUAUAUACAUAUAUACAUAUUUUAACAUAUAACAACAUUUUAAUACAUAUUUCAUUUAAUCAUCAAAUACUCUUUUAGAACCAGAAAAAACAUAAUAAUAAUAAUAUAAAUUAAUUUGGUUCUGUUUCCAAACUGUCAUC